GGACCUGGGACCUGUCGUCAUGCCAUCAUGCUUGACGACCACGGAUGAAGCCUUACCUGUCGCGUCCAACCACAGCUCGUACCUCUUUCCAGCAUUUUUUGCCUACUUUUUCAACAUUUCCUUUGUCCUACUCGUUUCUCCAUUUUGGAUCGAAACUUUGACCGAUAAGAAAAACAAGACGAGUUAUACAAUGAAAUCAUACUUUUGUCACAAGGUCACGAGCGGUGCUGUGGUCACACUUGGCUUCAUAAGCUUCCUCAUUUACGUCCUCUACUUAUUUGACACCGUCGAUAUUGUCAAAGAACCCGAAAGGAGUUACGAAUUGUUUCGAAAUUUGUGCGUCGCGAUGUACACGUUUCUCUUGAUUCAUUUGAUGUGGCGAAGGAAGGCCAAUAUUUUGCAUGUUGUACGUCUCUGUCCAACAAUGGUGGUUGGAUCAGCUAACCAGGUAGGCAAAAAAUGAACGGAAUUAUUAAGCUUAUUUCAUCUUCCAUUUUGAAAUAAUAUGCCUAUGAUACAUAAAUAUUUAG